GACAUUUGAACUCAAAAGUUUACUCCAUGGGGAAAUUGCCAUGGCGCUUGAAUAAAACCCCCACUUAUUUCUUCGCUCAGCGGUUUCAGGCACGUUGCAUUGAUUAGUGAAAUUAUGGUUGCAAAGAAACUUGUCGCAAGCAUUUCUCUUGCACUAUCCCUGGUUGGAGUGGUGUCAGGAAGCACUGUCGACUCCAGCAAGAUUGUCACUUGGGACAAGUAUUCCUUGAAAAUUAACGGUGAACGCCUUUUCACGUUUUCAGGAGAGUUCCAUUAUUAUCGCCUGCCUUCACCGGAUCUAUGGGCUGACAUUUUUGAGAAGUUCAAGGCACUCAACUUCAACACCGCAUCUAUAUACUUUUAUUGGGGUUACCAUUCUCCAAAGCAAGGAGUGUAUGACUUUGAAGGUGUCAGAGAUAUUUCAAAGUUCUUAGAAACUGCCAAGAAGUAUGGUAUCAAUAUUAUCUCUCGUGCGGGUCCAUACAUCAAUGCCGAAGUUUCGGAAGGAGGUUUUCCUGGAUGGCUGACCACCAUUAACGGAACAGCACGUACCAGCAACCCAUCUUACGACGAAGCAUGGAAGGAAUGGUUGACAGCUGUAGAUAAGCACCUUGUUCCUAAUCAAAUUGGUAACGGUGGUCCAAUCAUUCUCAAUCAACUCGAAAACGAGUACGCUGUCGGAUUGGAUCCUAGCUACAUGGUUGCCUUGGCAGAUAAGUACAAAAAAGACGGUAUGGACGUACCGACAACCUUUAAUGACCCAUGGACCGGAGGACAUUGGGCUACUGGUGAAGGGGCUGUUGAUAUCUAUGGCUGGGACAGCUAUCCUGUUCUCUUUGACUGCAGUCACCCUGACGUAUGGCCAAGUAACGUCAGCACAUAUUUCAGAGAUUUCCGUGAUUCCACUAACCCGACGGAGCCAAUGGCUCUCUACGAGUUCCAAGGUGGAGCCAUAGAUGGUUGGGGUGGAGCUGGUUUUGAAAAAUGCCGCGAACUUACCAAUGAAAGAUUUGCAAAGAUCUUCUACAAGAACAACUAUGCCCAAGGAGCAACAAUACAGAGUUUGUAUAUGGGUUAUGGUGGCACAAGCUGGGGAGAAAUUCCAACUACAGCCGUCUACACUAGUUAUGAUUACGGUUCGCCUAUUACCGAGGCCGGCUUAAUGACUCCCAAGGCAUAUGAAAUCAAGCUUCAAGGUGCGUUCUUGCGUGAUGUCAAGCCUUUCGUGUCCACCACAAACACCACUGCCGAAGUUGACAACGAUGCUAUCCGUGUGGAUGGUAUCAAGGAUAUUAGCAGUGACACCACUUUCUACAUCGUGCAACAUGCUUUUAGCAACACCACCAACGUCGACAAGUUCCAUGUUACUGUUGAUACAAACGAUGGCAAGUUCGCUGUUCCUCGCAAGUCUGGCACUGCAAUCACUCUGAACGGUCGCGAUGCAAAAAUCAUCACAGCUAGCUAUGACUUUGGAUCGCAACAUUUGCUUUAUGCCACUAGUGACAUAUUCACUCAUACUCAACAGGAUGCUCGCGAUGUGCUCCUUGUGUACGCAUAUGAAGGUGAGGAUGGCGAGGUUGCCAUCACCUCAUCGGCCAAUAAAGUACAGGCGUACGGAACCUCUGCAGGUGUCUCAAGCACUCUCAACAAGAACGUCCUCCAAAUUAACUACAAGUACCCUCAUGGUAGCGCUUUCAUUUCUGCUACUGGAAAGAACGGAAAAGAGUUGUUGUUGAUCGUAUCUGGAUACGACACAGCAGUCAAGUGGUGGGCUCCUCAAACCUCCAAAGGCGAGACUGUUCUUAUUUCUGGUCCUUACUUGGUCCGUAGUGCCGAGAUCAAUGGAAAGCGCUUGGCUUUGACUGGUGAUACAGAUGCAACCACCAACCUUGAAAUUGUUGUAUCUAGCGCUGUCAAGCAAGUUACAUGGAACGGAGUUAAUGUUUCUGUCAAAUCAACCAAAUAUGGAACACUCACUGGCAAGGUUUCUGGCCCUAACAAGAACAUCAAACUUCCUGACUUGACAAAGUCUACCUGGAAGUACAGUCCAGCCUCUCCUGAGACAACAAACGACUUUGACGAUUCCAAGUGGGUUGCUGCUGAUCAUAAAACCACCACAAACCCCUUCCCUCCGACAUCAUUGCCUGUCCUCUAUUCCGAUGAUUAUGGUUAUCACACUGGAAGUCUCUGGUUCCGUGGUAAAUUCAAGUCUUCUUCAGAUAUAUCUGGAAUUAAAGUCAACGCUACCAUGGGAUAUGGUUCCGCAUGGGUUGCUUGGUUAAAUGGAAAGUACCUUGGUGGAGAAACUGAUAUUGUCAAGGAUUUCAGUAUUAAACAAUCCGACCUUGAGAAAUCUGGAGAUAACGUUCUUUCUCUAUUGAUGUGGACUACUGGACACGAAGAAGAUUGGAAUGUGAAUGAUCAGUACAAGACCCCAAGAGGUUUUACUGAAGUCAGUUUGACUGGCAGUAAGAAGACUCCCAUUUCGUGGAAAGUGCAAGGAAACCUUGGUGGUGAAAACAUUGUUGAUACUGUUCGUGGCGCAUUGAAUGAAGGAGGACUUUAUGGUGAACGUAUGGGUUGGCACCUUCCCGGAUACCCAGAUCAAAACUGGAAGAAGGUAUCCCUACCAGAUACCAAGCGAUCCGGCGUCUCCUGGUAUCGUACCACAUUCGAUCUCAAUAUUCCAAAGAAUCACGAUGUUCCUCUUGGUAUUCGCUUCAAGGAGAGCAGCAGCACUGAGCGCCUUCGUGCAUUGCUGUUCAUCAACGGAUGGCAAUUCGGUAAAUUUGCAAAUGACUUGGGUCCACAAACACUAUUCUAUGUACCUGAAGGUAUUUUGAAUCACCAUGGUGAAAACACUAUUGCUAUUGGCGUCGUUGCCGUUGAUGAAGAAGUGACUCUUGGAGAGGUAACCAUUGAACCGUAUGCCAAGCUUCUCUCGGGCAAGCCUACUGUUGGAGUAGUCAACUCUCCAACAUAUGCCUCCCGUAAAUCAAGCCAUUGA